AUGAUUUGUAUGCAACAAAAUUCAAUACAGAUUAUGAUCAACAAUCAUGCCGGAACCAAGCAAUACUUGAAGGAUCUGGCGUAUCGCAAAAGACAAGACCAUCGAGCAGUUACAUCUGUCCGGGUUUAUGAAAAAGUUCUAGGAAAGAUGAUCAAAGGGUCUCAUACUAUGCCAAGCAAAGAAGGUGUUCUUACCUCAUUCAAGGCUCAUAAGGAAAGCAUUUGGUACACUGACAUAAUUUUACAUCAAGAGCCACAAAAAAACAAAAACGAGGCAAGAAUAUCUAUCGAGACCAUGCGGAAGCGGGGUGGUCUGAAAGAAAUUCGUCAAAGAUCAUAUGUUGCACCUGAAUUUCGCACAUCAAAACUAUGCUGCUUUUGUCAUGAACCACUGAUUCAUCCAAAGAAGAUUAAGAAGAAUGGCAAACGAUCAACAAUCUAUGCACGGUCAUUUGUCAAAAUCCAUCUUGUCUGGGACUUUUUGAUAUACCGAUCUUUACAAUACACAGCCAUUCCAUUCUUCUCCAACAUUAAAUCAAGAUCUAUUUUGUCAUUAUCAAGAUGGUAUCACCAAGUAUCAUCACCGUUUCCGGAUCAAUCACAGCAUCGUGAAUACAAAUCAACAAGGGAAACAAAGAAGAUCAAACCUAGGUUUCGAAAAGGAGACUGGAUCUGUCCUGAUUGUCAAUUCCACAACUAUGCUCAUCGUUCUAGCUGUAGUGAAUGCUCUCACAAAAUCGAUCCUCGUCUACGACAUGGCAUUCAGGGAGACUGGAUCUGUCCUCAUUGCGACUAUUACAACUUUCAUCAGCGACUAUCUUGCAAACAAUGUGAAGCUUUACGUCCUCGACAUCCUUUAUAG